UUUAAUUGCAAGCGGGGAAUGAAAUACCAAAAAAUUGAAAACUCCGCCCGAUACUCUCCUCCUCCUUCUCGUAUGUUGUGAAAUCCUCUUCAAUCAAAAGAAACCCUAAAAGCAUUGUGUGGGUUCCUAAUAUGCGAUUUUUAGUUGUGAAGUUCCUAAAAUCAUAUUUUUGACCUUGAUAUGUGAUUUUUCUGAAGUCGUAUUUGGUGUGUAGAAGAUCGACAUUUUCAUAUUUUUGAUGUUCUUAAAAUCUUCUUCGGUUAAACGAAACCCUAAUACCCCGCCUGAUACCCACCUCCACUACCUCCAAACCACAUCGAAUCUUCAGGCCUCACACGACGACUAUCUACAGGCAGUAGGGAUUGUCGUUCAUUGCGGCGAGUGAAUCAGGAGCGAGAGGUCCUUGCUGUUAAUGGUUGGUUUCCAAUUGCAAAUGACUUGGAAAACGAGUUUGUUGUUGAAGAAACAAAAGAACGGUCCUCCAUUAGGGUUCAAAAAUCUCGAUAAUAUAUGCUACCUCAAUACCGUUCUCCAGUGCUUAACCUAUACUCCUCUCCUUGCCAAUUUCUGUCUUUGACUUCAACACUCCUAAAACUGUAUGUGUUCUUCUUCUACUUACUCACAUACGCACACACGUACGCUAGCGUAAGUUCAAAUUCUUGUUGAGUUCCUGGCGCAACAGGAAAGACGGAAGUAUAUCAGGAAUGGAGGAGGUGAUGGCGACGGAGGCUAAAAUUCUUGUUGAUAGAAGGCUACUCAAGGUUAAAAACAGAAGGUUUAGGGGUCCUUUUCCAAAAAUUAGCAAUUAGUAUAGAGAAGAAGGGUGAUGAGGAUAAAACUUGACAUAUCUUCUGGGAUAUUACACCUUUCUGCCAAUUCUCUUACACUUACACCCAAGUCUAUUAGUAAAACAUGUAUGGAUGAUAUAGCUCUUCUCAAGAGGGGUAUAUGAGUUUCAAAGGGCAUGUUAGGAACUCUCAAAAGGACACUCUUUUGUGCGAUUUCAUGAAUGGAAUAGAUUGGGAAAGUCCUGAAUCCUAUAUGUCAUCAUUAUCUUGUGGUGAAAGGGUAAAAAAGACAAAAGUCACUCAAUCUAGCUUUCAAGAUAAGAAGCAGCCAAGAAGAAGAAGCCACUCAGCUCCACCAUCUUACAGAAGGAAGAUAAAGUUUAUUGCUUUAAACAGUCAGAUGAGUGUUAAAUCAGGGAACUCCCAAUUUGAGACACUUCAUAAUGCCCCUUUACAAGGUCUUUCAUCAGGUGCAGAUCAUUUGCUUCUGGAGGAGGGCAGGGCCGACCCAAGGGUAGGGCGAGCUGGGCCACGGCCCAGGGCAUCAAUGGGCUGAGGGCAUCAGAUUUUCUAUGUCUGUUAAGUAUUCAUCUUUUAUUUGGGCCAAGUUUAAUGAGCUAGCAAGCAAAAUAAGUCCAGUAAGAUGUUGUAAGGGCGCCACACUAAAAAAUCAGAAAUCUGAUGAGCGGCUAAAGAAUACGAGCACGCCACAUGCUUCUAUGUAUAGGGAGGAGAGUAGAAAACGAGAAGUCGGGAGAGUAAAAGAUGAGGACACGAGCACAAUCAUCGGAAUCUUGAGUGCGGGUAGAUCCAGGGCAUCUUUAACUUUUAUUGCCCGGGGCAUAGAAAAUCUUUGGAUCGGCCCUGGAGGAGGGUGAGGGUCCCACUAAGGCUAGACAUGAUAAGAAGAAAGUUAUUGAUAAAGUUGAGAUUUUAGAUUAUGAAGGGGAGGCUCAGGCUGCCUAUUGCUUUGAUGUAUUCAAUACAGAUUCAGACUUGACCUCAAGGGACGAUGAAGGUGCAUUAGAGUUCAGUGUCCUUUAAGAAGAAUCUGAAUUUUCUACACAGUUAUCCAUCUGUUGCUACACUCAUUGCAGUAAGCUGGAUUUUGAACAUCAUUGAUAUACAAAAAACUUGGUAGGGUUAUAUUUGGUUUAGCUCUAAAGGUAAGUUUCUUAAAAUUUAUUCUUUUACUUAAACUGUUUGGUUAUUUAUGGGUGAUUGACUGAUUGUAGUUGUAUGCAGAUACUACAAGUAAGUAAUAUUACAAUUGCCCAACUUUAUGUAAGGUCCCAAAAUCAACACAGUUGAUUAAUUUGUUAUAAACUUAUAAUAAUAAAAAGAGUAUCUUAAUCUAAUUUCGUUUGAUAUCUGGUGUUGGAAGCCUCACAAAUCUUUCAAAAUUCCCUUCUUCUACCCUCCAAACCCUUGGUGCUGAACCAAUAAAAAAGUUUUCCCAUCAAUCAUAAGAUGUUUCUUUUUGAUUUAUUUAUUUAUUUUUGUAGUUUCUUUAGUAUUUUUGGUUAUUUGAUAAAAUAUUGAAAUGUUUUUUAUUUUGUGAAAGAAUUUAGUGAUUAACCCGUUAACAAGAUGAGAAGCCGACAAUUGUUUUCAUUCAUUGUUGAGGAGCAACAAUGGAGGACAAAGGAAAAGGAAACCAGAGAUAGAAUUCCUCCAUGUUGAUGAUGUUGAUUGCAAUUGAAUUUUUAGAGUUUCAAUCAUUCAAUUUCUUACAAUCUGUUCAAAUCAGAGUAAACUCGUAUGAUAUUUGAUAUCUGUUUGUGUGUCUGAUUUGAUUGGUGUUGUAUGUCAUUAUUUUUAAAUAGGUUUGAAGAAUCCGUUAACCUUAAUGAGUUAUGUAACUCCUGUAAUGGCUCUAUUAACAGCUUUGCUAUCUCUUAUUUUGAAUCCUUGGGAUGAAUUUAGAAGUAGCAGCUAUUUUGACACUUCAAGGCAUAUCAUCAGGAGUUGCUUCCUCCUGCUUUUUGGGGGGAUGCUUGCCUUUUUUAUGGUAUUAACAGAGUACAUCCUUGUUUCAGUAAUAAGUGCAGUAACAAUGAAAGAGUAACUGUCUCUGCUUCUAACUUAAAUCCUUCAGGUAAAUUUAAAGAAAGUUGAAUUUAAUGCUUUUCAAUGGAAAGAUAUUCCGAGCAAAAUGUCUAGAGACUACCCUGCAGCUAGCCAAAAGUAUGGCCAAAAAGGGGAAAAUAUGCUCAUUUUUGGUUUUUUAUAAUCAUUAGAUGACGAUAAUGGAAGGUUUUUCCUAAAGUCUUUUGUUUUGUUUUUUUAGUUCUUGGAAUGUACAGCUGGAAUUGGUUCGACUUAUUUCUUCUUUCAAACCUCUUAUAGCCAUUACUAAGGUUACAAACAUAAUCAGUAUGAUCAUUAAGAGCCCUCUUCUUUCCCCACUGCCUUCUCAGAAUUUAACCAUACCAGAAAGCAUGCAACUUGCUGUGGGGAAUGUUUUGGGAGCUGUUUUUGAUGGUCAAAAUGAUGAGAAUGGGAGUGCUUCCAAUGCUCAAAUUACCCAAAUUACAAAAAUGCCCCUGGUCUUGCCUGUUGAGGCAUCCAUCUUUGCUCUUUUCUUGAUUGUCUUGCUCGGUGCCUUCUAUGUUGUUCAUAGUGUUUGGGAUGCAGCAGAGGCGUAUUCGGCUCCUUCAAUUGUGCUUACAUCUCAUUCCCAUGAUGGACUUCAUGUUUUUGAUGAUUUCAGAGAGGCCUAUGCAUGGUUAAGCCAUAACACAGAAGUAGAUGACAAGGUUGCAUCUUGGUGGGACUACGGUUACCAAACAACCGCAAUGGCAAACCGCACUGUCAUUGUUGAUAACAACACAUGGAACAACACACAUAUCACGACAGUUGGCACUGCCAUGUCAUCACCUGAAAAGGACGCGUGGCAAAUUUUCAAUUCCUUGGAUGUGAAAUACGUACUUGUCGUGUUUGGUGGAAUACAAGAUGAUGACUUGUCAACUUGUUUAAAUAUGAUAUUUCCUCUAUGGAUUUCUUGGUGUUAUUGAUAGAGGAUAAGGAAUUGGUCGAAAAUCCUAUGAUUGAUGCUUGGUUGCUGAAGAAUAGAAAAAGUCCCUGGGUUGGGAAGAAAGAAGGGUUACAGGGAUGUUGGAUCUUUUAUUGAACUCACUCCUGAUGCAUCUGAAGUGGUAAGCCAUUGUAUCUAGUAGUUUUGGAGGAAACGAGACUCAAACAAAAAGCAAACACACGGAGAGUUGUUGGCAGAUAGUAAGCUAGAUAAUGCAAUUGUAUAUUCUGCUUCUCUUGAGUUCAUUUUUUUAUAACAUUUACUCACUAUUGGAAUAAUUAUUUGUAUUUGACAUAUUAGUGAAAUGAAUUAUCUUUGUUAUUUAUGGUA